AGUGUGGUUAUAAGACCAAAGAAGUAUUAAAAACAUUUAACAGAAGAGAAGAAAAUUUCAUAAAAUAUAACAUGAAGAAGAUAACAAUAAUUGUUCUAGCACUCGUGGUGUUGGCAGUAUGUGUGUACGCAGCGCCCGGCGGCAGUGGAGGAAAAGGUAGUGAUGGUGGCCACGGUGGUAAGGGUGGAAAUGACGAUAAAGACGGUAAAGGCGGAGACCAUGAUAAAGGCGGAAAGGGUGGUGGCAAAAAUGGUGGUGGUGGCAGCUCCGACAGUAGCAGCAGCAGUGAGAGCAAAGAGGAUGGUGGCAAAGGUGGCAAGGGUGGAGAUGGAAAAGGAAAUGGUGGCGGUAGCAAGGGAAAUGACGGUGGUAAAGGUAAAGAUGAUGGGAAAGGCAAAGGAGGCAAAGAUGAUGGUAAACAUGAUGGCAAGGAGUAUGGUAAAGGCUACGGAUGGGGGCGAUAAAAUUUAAAAUAGUGAUGUUAAUCCCAGUAGUCAGCUUUAGAUUUAGAGCAUGUACUUUGAUUAAUUUAAAAAAUGUUGUUUAGUUGUCUAAUAAAAAUGGCUUUAUUAAUGAU